AUGUAUUCAAGCGAUUCUAGUUUGCCAAUUCUGAUAACAACUGUUCUAAAUCUCCCAUCGGACUGUGGGCACGUGCCGUUUGUCUUGUCCGCUGUCCGCUGUACGCAGGUCACUUGCAUCGGCAGCAGUUGCAGUUCCAUCCGUUUGCACUGCGCCACUCCACUGGCAGGUCGCGUGAGCCUUGACCUUUUGGAACGGCUUUGGUUUCCUAGCGAACUGCAUGGGACGGAGGACAGUUACUGCCACGGGGAUGAUGUUGUGGUUGGCGUCUACUGUGGUGGAGCGAACUGUAUGACCAAAAAGCUUGUGUGUGCGACCUACAUCGCAGAUGACGAGUGUGUCCCCAGCUGUGACAUUUUGGGCUUGGAAUGCGGCGAUGAUGGCUGUGGCGGGUCUUGCGGAACCUGCUCCUCAGAGGACUCAUCCUUGACCCCAAUGUGUCGUGGGGAUGUUGGCCGUUGCGUCUACUUCGUAGCAGCAGACUGGGUCAAUGAAGACAAGUCCAUGACUGCCACGAAUCUGGUCUCAACUGGCAUGGGCUGUUCUGACGACUACUGCGGCAAUGUCCGGCUGAUACAAAUGAAUGUUUUCGUGGAUGCAGCCACUGCAGAGAAGUCGGACUGGAUCUCAGACAACACCGGCCACCGCUGGUUUUGGAACAGCGGGACGGCGGCUUCAGACCAGGCGGCGGAUUGCCCCGAUGGCAUGGCAGUGAGCUAUCUGAAGUGCGAUGGCAGGCAUUGCGACAACUUGCGGCUGCAUUGCGGGAAGCCUUUGCAGUGGCAGGUGGAAAUGACGGAGGAUCCGGUAGUGACCGACUGGUUCAGUGAAGAGCAGGGUCGCAUGGAUUGCCCUGAUGGAAAGGUCGUGACCGGGGUCGAGUGCCAGGACUCCAAGAAAUGGUGCUUCACGAAUUGCCGCAGCUAUUGCGACAACAAACGUCUUCGCUGUCGGUCGAUUAAGCCAGAGAUGGCAGGAGCCGCCAGUCCGGGACUCAUCAUGACAGGAUUAACAUUUCCCAAUGUGCGCUGCCAAUGUGCCAUUGCUUCAAACACUGGUAAUUCAGAUUCUAUAUGA